UGUGGUUUUUGUUCCACAGGCUGCAGGAUUGUACUUCUUCUUGCUUCUGCUGUCUGCCCACUGGUGGAUGAGGCUAUCUAAGAGGCUUGUGACUUCUCCAGACAGGUUAUGUCACCGACAGAGGCUGCCCUGAAGCUCCCUGUGGCCCGGAGACUAUGUACAAGAGGAAUGGUCUGAUGGCUAGCGUGCUGGUCACCUCUGCCACUCCACAGGGCAGCAGCAGCUCAGACUCUCUGGAGGGCCAGGGCUGCGACUAUGCCAGCAAGAGCUACGAUGCCGUUGUCUUCGAUGUCCUGAAAGUGACUCCUGAGGAGUUUGCUAGCCAGAUCACAUUAAUGGACAUACCCGUGUUUAAAGCCAUCCAGCCGGAGGAACUAGCCAGCUGUGGAUGGAGUAAGAAGGAGAAACAUAGUCUCGCUCCCAACGUCGUGGCCUUUACCCGGAGGUUUAACCAGGUCAGUUUUUGGGUUGUACGAGAAAUUCUAACAGCACAGACUUUAAAAAUAAGGGCAGAAAUCCUGAGCCAUUUUGUGAAAAUAGCCAAGAAACUUCUAGAACUCAACAACCUUCAUUCUCUCAUGUCUGUGGUGUCAGCAUUACAAAGUGCACCCAUCUUCAGGCUGACAAAAACCUGGGCUCUGUUGAAUCGAAAAGACAAGACCACCUUUGAGAAAUUGGACUACCUGAUGUCUAAAGAAGAUAAUUACAAGCGGACUCGGGAAUAUAUCCGAAGCCUGAAGAUGGUUCCCAGUAUUCCCUAUCUAGGUAGGAGUCUGAAUUGGAUUAUUAUUUUUUAAGAAACCUGCUCACUGCCAGAUAAGAUGUUUUUACAAUUUCUAGUUGAGAAAUUUCCAUGAAGCAGCAUGGGCCAUGGAUAAAGAGGUGAUUGGUUGGCUCCUUGGGUUAGAACAGGCUAUUGAUACUUCCUGAAGAUGGGAAUUUCCUGAUGAGGGUCUUGAAACAAGGGAUAUUCUGCUGCUAAUACAAAUGAUCUGUGAAUCCCAAGCCUUCCCAGCCUGCAGCUCAGAAGGGUCACAGGACUCUUACUGGUUUAUCCACAUCUUCUUGAAUUGGGGGAACUCAGGCCCAAACCCCUCUCUUCUGAUUCUCUGGAUGUUAUUAAUAUAUAAGAUUUGUUCCAACAGAAUUUUUAUAAUGAUUAUUGACUUUACUGAUUCGAAAAUAAUACAUGUUUAUUGCAAGGAACUCGGAAGAGAAGAAAAUUAGUAUCAUUUGCUAUCCCACCUAGAGAUAAUCACUAUUUUGCUUCAUAUCUUUUCAUUCAUUUGGAUGCAUAUAAAAUCUGUAUGUUUACUCUGUCGUGAACAUUUAAUGUUAUUACCUGCAUUUCUAUACUAUGACUCAGUUCCAUCACAUGGAUUUGUCCAACUGGAAUCUGCUCUCUAAUAUUGACAUUUGUCUAUACAUUUUUGCUAUUAAAAUUUUGCAGUGGACAUCCCUGUUGCAAAAAUCACCUAUACAGUUAUGAUUAUUACCUUGUAAUAAAUUCCUGGAAGUGUGAUUACUGGGUCAAAACUUUUGCAAAAUUGUGUGCCUUUUCAUGUAUACUUCAAAACACUCUCCUUAGAGGUUGUAACAACUUAUAUUUUCAUUAGAAGGGGAAGAAAUUGCCUAUUUUCCCCAUGUGCACAAAUGCUGUGUAUUUUCAUGUGCUUUUUUUUCUUUUCCUUUCUUCUUUUUUUCCUUUGCCAGUUUGACGGGUGAAAAAUAUUUCUUGUGGUUUGGUUUUUUCACAGUUAUGGUAAUUUUAUGAAA